CGCCCCGCGCACGCGCAGGCUGGGCGGUGUCCCCGCGCCAUGGCGUCCGAGCGGCUCCCGAGCCGGCCUGCCUGCCUGCUGGUGGCCAGCGGCGCCGCCGAAGGUGUGUCAGCCCAGUCCUUCCUCCAUUGCUUCACAAUGGCCAGCGCCGCCUUCAACCUGCAGGUGGCCACCCCUGGGGGCAAGGCCAUGGACUUCGUGGGUGUGACGGAGAGCAAUGCCCGCUGGGUGCAGGACUUCCGCCUGAAGGCCUACGCCAGCCCUGCGAAGCUGGAGUCCAUUGACGGUGCCCGGUACCACGCCCUCCUGAUCCCCAGCUGUCCUGGGGCCCUGGUCGACCUGGCCAACAGCGGGUCCCUGGCGCGCAUCCUGCAGCACUUCCACUCUGAGAGCAAGCCCAUCUGUGCCGUCGGUCACGGCGUCGCCGCCCUGUGCUGUGCCACCAAUGAGGACAGGUCCUGGGUGUUCCACGGCUAUAGCCUGACAGGGCCCCCGGUGUGUGAGCUUGUCAGGGCCCCCGGCUUCGCCCACCUGCCGCUCAUCGUGGAGGACUUCGUGAAGGACUCGGGUGCCAGCUUCAGUGCUAGCGAGCCUGAUGCCACACACGUCGUGCUGGACCGCCACCUCGUCACCGGCCAGAACGCCAGCUCCACCGUCCCUGCCGUGCAGAAUCUGAUCUUCCUCUGCGGCAGCCGGAAAUGAGGCUGCUGGGUGGCCGCCACCACCUGCAGAUAGCCCAAGUGUCCGCCGCCAUGGGCCUCCAGGGACCCUGCCUCUUCCCUCCCAGCGAGAGACCCUCGGCCCUCCAUGACAGGGCGGUCUGGUCCCAACGGGAUCGUCAGGACUCCUGGAAUGAGCUGUGGGGGUGUCAGCUCUCAGGUGGAGGGACUGAGCCCCCAGCCCCCUGCAUGUUUCCUCAGGUAGGAGGCAGAGACGAGACCCAGGCCCUGCAGGCGCUGUGCUGGCGGCAGGAGUCCUGGGUGGGGGCUUGCUCUGGUGCCCACCACCAUUUAGCUGCCAGGGCCUUGGGGGACCCGGCUCAGAACUCAUCUUGGCCAGAGGUGGACAGGGAAGCUUCUGGUAGGUGCGGCCUCCUGUCCCCAGAUAGGCUGGUGUUGGCAGCACUUUUCUGCAGAAGAAACCGCCCUAACUUGAACUCCUGCCUGGUGUGUGGUUUCAGAAUGUAACGGGAACCCCAUCUGAGCUCUGGGAUGGUACCCGGGCACCUCAGGGUGGAUGCAGUGGUGUUGCCUGUCCCAUGCAAGCACUGUGGGGAAGCUAGUUUGGCUGUGAACAUACCGCCAUGAGGUUCUCCGCGAGCAGGUUGCCGCUCCCCACAGCCCUGGCCGGAGUGGACGGCCGCCAGCCCCGCCUCCCAGACCCUGGACAGGCCUUCACUGGGAACCCGCUUCCCUCCUGGGCCUGCUCACUCAGCCCCCGGGGCUGCCCCUUGGUCCCAGAGUAGGGCCUCUGCGAGUGGCUCAGGCCCCCUCGUCCCCCGACCCUGAGUUGGUCCCUUCACCUUCUCCCGCCCACCUCCCUGGCUGGCUCAGCUUGUCUGACGGCAUGCUGUCCUGCAGUGACCUGGAUGGAAGGAGGUCCCUGGCGAUCAUAAAGCUGCUGAUAAGGAAAAUUCAGCACAAAGUGGAAGAAGGAAGCCAGGCACGUCCCUGUGCUCGGAGGCCGUGGCCCCCCGCCCUCCAGCGUCUUCCGGGCGUGCUCAGAAAGAUGCUCUUGCGCACUUGGCCAUGGGGCUUGGUCCAUCCCACGUCUGCUCCACCCCCACCCCGUGUGGUCGAUGUCUCUGGACACAGACUUCUUAUUUAGACCAAAUUUAAGAUCAUGCCUUAAUGUCUUAGUCCAUUUAGGCUGUUAUAACAAAAUACCAUAAAUUAGGUGGCUCACAAAACAACAGAAAUCUAUUUCUCCUAGUUCUCGAGGUGGGAAGCCCAAGAUCAAGUUACCUCCACUAAUCCCAUUGCUGAGGGCUCAACCCCAUGACCUAAUGGCCUCCCAAAACCAGCACCUUAGGGGUGGGGAUUCCAACAUGUAAGUUUUGGGGAGACACAUGCAGACUAUAGCCGGAUGUAUUAUAGAGGUGACAGGUGCAGAGUGCCACUGACGGAGGUCACCCUCCAGGCCAAGGAGCGCAUGUGUGGAGAGGUGAGCUGGGCUCUGCCGCCCUGCAGGUCCCUUCUGCAGCCACGUGCGAGGGCUGGGCCUGCUCCAGGGGCCUCCCCACUGCACUUUGUCCUCUCCAGGGGGCCAGGCAGGGCCUGGAGUGGCCCACCAGGCUGGAGAAGAGAAUAGAAAAGGGGUAAAACCCUAAUAGUGGCAGCUGGGUGGGGGAGGGUUUCCCCACAUGCCCAGUGUGUGUUAACAGACCCCCCUCAUCUACCUGAGAGAAAUAAAAGCCCCAUAAAGACGG